GUCUUUAGUGAAAAUUGAAACCAUUCUGCCUUCUCCAGAACGGACAAGCAGAGAAGAAUUCAGCGGAAAAAGAAAAUGGGUAUUCUCCAAGUGAUGAUACUCUUCUCAUUGUGCUGCUGCUGCUUCUUCUUCACCCCAUCCUCAACCGCUGCCUCAAUUGAAGAAGAGGACCAUCAAAAUGGUAGACAGGUCAUAGAUGUGAAGGGUGGACCGGAGGACGUGGUGUGGGUGGUUCAGCUGUCUGAUCUCCAUUUCAGCGUCCAUAAUCCCGAAAGAGCUCGUGAUUUCAAGGAUCUUGUGGGUCCUUCUCUUUCAUUCAUCAAUCCUUCCCUCGUUCUCAUCACCGGUGAUCUCACAGAUGGUAAAAGCAAGGAUUUGUUGACAAUGAAGCAAGACGAAGCAGAGUGGGUGGAGUAUGGGAAAGUAAUGCAAGAUGUUUUUGAAAAAAGUGGACUUAACAAGGAUAUCUUUUAUGAUGUAAGAGGAAAUCAUGAUGCUUUUGGUGUACCUACCAUUGGCGGCUUAUUUGAUUUCUUUUCCAAGCACAGCAUCAAUGCGCAGUUGGGAAGAAGUGGGCAAGUCAACAGUGUCACGGUCCAAACUGCUAUAAGGAAACUUCUCUUUGUUGGGUUCGACAGUACAAUGUCUGUGGGCUUGCGAGGGCCAACUAAUCUCUUCGGGCAUCCAACUGACAAACUGUUAGCUAAAAUUGAUUCUGAGCUAUCACAAUGGAAUUCUGAGCCCACAAAACCAGUAACCAAGAUAUCAUUUGGGCAUUUCCCACUUUCAUUUUCAGCAGCCUCGGAUUCUGGGAAGACCCUCAGAGAUAUUUUCCUCAAGCAUUCCUUAUCAGCUUAUCUAUGCGGGCAUCUCCAUACAACUUUUGGUAAGAAUUUGAAACGGCACCAUUACUCGAGUGAUAAUCUCUUGACCUCCUCAAAGUUUUUCCAGUUGAACGCACAUAAAAAAUUGUCAGAAAGUAGUGGAAAUUGUUCAAAUGGAGCCUCAGCAAUCAAAGAAUUCUGGGAAUGGGAAAUGGGUGACUGGAGGAAGAGCAGAGCCAUGCGCAUUUUGUCGAUUGAUAGAGGUUUUUUGUCAUUUGUUGAUAUUGAUUUCAAGUUGGGAGAUAAAAAAACAAUCAUAUUACCCACAUUUCCUAUAGACUCGCGCUAUAUGGUGAAAAUGUCAUCAGCUGGCCAGUAUAGAUGCAAGUCCAUUGACCGUUCAGCUUAUUCAACUAUCAGAACUCUAGUUUUUUCUUCUUCCCCUAUUGUGUUGGUUGUGGUUCGGAUCUAUGACUCAAGACCUGGAAAUCUCAAUGUGGUUCUAGAGUCAUCCAUGAACAAGCACGACGGUGGUACCCUCUCCAGAGGAGAUCUUUAUGUGGCCCCGUGGAAUUUUGAAGCUUUUGAGGAUCCAUCCCCAGAUAGAUACUGGCUGCAAGUAGAGGCUACUGACAUCGCGGGCAGGUCUACUUUGACUGAACUGAGGCCAUUUUCAGUAAACGGUCUCACCGCUAAGUUGUCAUGGACAUGGAAAGAGUUUGUGGUCAUGGGUUGUCAAUGGGAUGCUUUGUAUUACCCGAUUCUCUGGUCUUUUUAUUUUUGUACUUUCUCCAUUCUCAUUAUUCCAAAACUCAUGCUUGCUUUUUCAAAGAAACAUCAUGGUUAUAGGAACUUCAUUGCCAAAAAAAGCCUCAUAAAUGGUAUAGCAUGGGUUUUCAAAGAGUUUUAUGCAGUUCCUCUUUUAUGGUUCGGUAUUGUGGUCUACUUGUUCUACCUUCUGUUAUGUCCUUGGCUUCUUGGGGAAGUCUUCACUGACGGUGGAGAAAUGGCAUUCAUGACCUUUAAAGGCUGGGUGGUGAAAUUCAACAAGGUAGGAAAACUGGAUUUUAUUGGGGUUCCCGAUAUAAUGGUGGUGGUACUUCCACAUCUUUUCUUUGUGGUACUACCCACUAUACUUGUGACUGGGGCAUUGGCUGUUGAAAGAGGGAUGUAUCGAGAGCAUUUUCUUUCCCUUUCAGGCAAGAAAGAAGAUGAUCAUAUAGAGGAAAAUAAUGGAUCUCGAAGCAGAAUCAGUGACUCCUGCUGGAAUGGAAAAUCAAGUACCUGCAUUGACAAGCGAUGGAAUAGGAAUAUUGUCCUGGUGGCUUCUUUAGCAAUUUUUUGGAAGCAUUUUAAGAGCUGCAGACUGCUUGUGAAAGCUUAUGACAUGAAUCCAUUUCUUCAUUUCCCAGUAUAUAGCCUGACAAUGCCCAUCUUGUUGACUUAUGCAAUCUACAAAACAAGGAGGGUGUGAGGAGCAUUGCUGAAAGCAAGCCUUCACUCAUCUCAAUUUAGAUAAUGUGUACUACUUUGGGAUUCCUGAAAGAUUUGUAAGAAAAAACAAAGCCAAUUUCCUUCUUGUUAAAUGGUUGGUACAAAAUCUAGUCUUUUGCUUCAGCCAAGGCCACGAUAUAUUGAACCUUCAUGUACUUGUCUCUGUUGUCUAUGGUUGUCCACUGUACAAUUGACAACUAGAGAGUAGAGAUGGGACUGCAUUUAUAAUACGAGAUAAGACCCAAAUCAGAGACUGAUAAUGUAGAGAGCCGAAACCUAUUUACAUAUAGCAUUGAUGGGGUUCUUGUUCUACUACGACUUCAAUGGAGGGGUCCUAACUCUAUGGGCAUCUGUUUGUUUGGCUGGACACGAGCAUCAGAUUAGGUUGCGAUGGAUAUCAUUUAUUUGCAGUUGAAGGUCUUUCAUGUCCAUGGGAUAGAAGUUAGAAAUAUGUAAAUUGUAGUUGCCAUACCCCACGUAUGAGUGUUCUGAUUUCAUUGUUUGAGUAGGUAGUUUAUUGAAAAAUAUUUCUUGUUGCUUCUGGUAUAUGCAUAAAGAAAUGACAAAAUGUAUGGCUAACAAGGUUGUGAUCAUCUAGAUGUGAUUUUCACCA